UAAACUUCUACAACCAUGAUAAGUCAUCGCGGUAAUAAAAGCCGCGGGCACGGAAGGACAUAAAAAUAUUUAUCGAAAUAUGCACAUGGUAAUAUGAUAAACAGUUAACACGAUACACUUAUACGCUUGUAUGCAAACAUGUGGAUUAAACGCUUCAGUUAAGAUAGAGGGACACAUGAACCAUUAAAACAGUGGAAACCUCUGUAUUAUACAUUAACCUGGUCAGAUAACACAAUGCCUUCCGAGGAGACAGAUCUCUCGGACAUCGACGUGAUGCCGUACCAAAAUGGUACUGGACAUGCGCCUGUUGAGGGAGUCAAGUCGUCCGGACCUUGGAGGGCGUCCGGAAGUUACUCUAGAAAGCUCAAGGUCACGAAUUCUCUUACUGGAGAUAAACGAACGGAGAAAAAUGUAACACUGCUGUAUGUUAUAAUCGGUAUUGUGUUGUUCGUUUUAGGACUUGCAGUUGGUAUUUUGAUAGGAAACUAUGCAAUUCGUGAUGAUGCAAAGGACGAUAUUGUAAAAUAUGAUGAAUCCCGCGGUCGUCCCGAUUUACAAUCAACCCCGCUUCCCGAUCUUAAGUCAACCACGGAUGUGCCUUCGAUCACACAUGAACAAACUACAGCUUCCCUAAGCAGUUCUUCAACAUCCCCAUGUGAGUGUAGCGUUAGUACUCACGCACCAAAACCAUCUACUACAGGAUCUAGUAAUACGUGUAAUUGGUGCAAAUACGUCAACCCGGACCAAUCCGUCGGAGAUGAAGCGAGCAAAUCACCGUUUGCUGCUCUUACUAAAAAUGAAUUAGACACCGUGUACCGAGUUCUUAAGGCGCGUGGUUAUUUGUCCCCUUCGCCCACGGAACUGAAAGACAACAUUCUGUCCCAUAUGUUCUUAUAUCCGUUAGAAAAGCAGCUUGUGAUAAAUUUCUUAGACAAUGGUGGUCCAUUUCCGGGUCGUUUUGCACAAGUGCACGUGAAUAGAGGUGGUCGCGCAGUACCGGAUAUUAUGGAAUACAAAGUCGGUCCGCUUAAUGUAUCCGAUAGCGAAGUCAUCGUCACAGAAUUACGAAAAGACGGCGAAAUACCGUUCAAUUCCCGUCCAUACGACAAAAAGGAGCCAUUGCCCAUGCACGAAGUCCUGCAGAGUCAUCUAAUCGCAAUAGACACCCUACUCGCAGAAAGCUUCGACGGCGCCUCAUUCUCAAAUCAGCAAAUAGGAGUGUCGUUUUACCCGCUGCCGUCAUCGAGUGCCGAUGACCGACUGUCCGGUAUGUAUCUGUAUAUGAACGGAAAGAGCUACCAGACGAUCUCUAUGGUUCCCGUCUCGUGUAUUGUUCACCACCCGGGCCCCGACUCUGCUGCCUGGUAUCCCAGCGACUUCUAUUAUCUCGGCCAGGGUCCGUUUGCAUCUGGAGACGAAAUGCAAACUGCAUACAACAACGGCUCUUUGCGAAAAAUAAAGUUUCCGGCCGGAUACAUGCAACGCGCAGAGAUUUUUUACCUUAUGCAAAAUAAGUCUCUUCCGGAGCGCCCUCUAGCGGAUGUUCCUCCUCCCAGAUCCUAUGAGACUAAGGGGUCGAGGUACGUGAUUCGGGGCUCGCGGGUCACGUGGUUAGGUUGGGAGUUUGAAGUAAGUUCUAACAUCUUCAUGGGGCCACGAAUAUUUGAUAUCCGGUUCAAAGGUCAACGAAUCGCGUAUGAGAUAUCAUUGCAGGAUAUUACAUUGAUUUAUUCCUCUCAAACGAAUGGUGCCGGGCCGCCGGCGUUGAGUGACACGGGGUAUCUACUGGGCACAUACAACAGGCCGCGACUCGGUUUGGACUGUCCGGCCAGAAGCAAGACUCUUUCCACAUACUCAUUCUUGCAUGAGCGCACAACGUCGUCACAAUUCGCGUGUGUAUUUGAGGCGGACGGGCAGGAGCCAUUAUGGCGGCACGGACAGAAGGGUUUGGCGGACCACUAUCUCGUGGUGCGCGCGACCAUGAAUCUUGGCAAUUAUGACUACACAAUGGAAUGGCGAUUCCACCUGGACGGAAGUGUAGAGACGCUACUGAUCGCUUCCGGUUUCCUUUAUGGCUCGUUCUGGGACCCGGAGGAUCCGUUACUGAAAAGCGACAAAAGCACGACACCUUUCGGGUACCGCAUAGCAGAUUAUCUGAUUGGUCCAAUCCACGACCAUUCGUUCGUCAUCAAAGUAGACUUGGAUAUUUUAGGAACUAAAAACAGUUUUGAAACAAUUCAUUGGAAAUCUGGACAAAGCGUUGAAGCAUACCAGAGUCACACAAAUAUCACGCAAAAACCUGGCUAUUUCUUUUUCAAUCACACCCGAUAUCUAGUUCCAGAAAUUUUAGAGCAUGAGCAGGGAUUUACCAGCAACCCAUUGAAGCCAAAGUAUUUCACAAUUGUUAAUGAAAAUGAACGUAACGUGUGGGGCGUGAAACGCGGUUACCGUGUAAUUCCAUACUCCACGAUGGCAGAAAACCUCCCGGAAGAGCAUCUGAUGUUCCACGCCUGGAACCACCUGCGGAACCAGGUGUACGUCACACGCCGCAAGGACGAGGAACAGCACGGCACCGCUUCCUGGUACGGCCUCCAGCACCCGGUCGGAGCGACGGGCGGCGUUGGUGACGCGCUGAACAACGAGACUAUACGAAACGAGGACUUGGUGCUCUGGAUCACGGAGAAAUUCCUGCACGCGCCCACGUCGGAAGACUUGCCUAUGACCAUUAAUGUGAAGAGCGGCUUUAAACUGAAGCCUUUCAAUUACUUUGAUAGAACGCCCGUGUUUGAUGUGCGAGCUCAUUAUGACCAGAAAAGCCAACCGUACCCUUUCCAAGAACCUUGCUACGAAGUGUGAUGUGUGUGUUAUGACGCCACAGUUGUGUUAUGACGUUACCUUUGUGUUAUGACGUCACAUAUCAAGGGGACCACUGCAAAACGAUUGGUAGGGACCAUCAGGAACCUAACUACACGUCGACUGAACCUUCGGUCCUGAGAUCUCGUUUUGGUCGACAUAUUUGUUAACAAAUAACUAGUCAUUAUGAAAGGGAUAGUUCGGUUUUAACGCCUCAAAUCAUACAACACAAUUCUGACUAAGUUUCAUGAAGAUUUUGCCAUUGUUAUGGCUAUGAUAUUCAAGAGCAUUGUAUAUACCUCCAAAUUAUAAAAACUGCUACGCCCCUAAAAGAAGCAAAACCAUGUGAUAGGAUUAAAUGGUAUUAGAAUUUUCCCACCUUUCUUGAUAUUCUACGUAGCUGAACUGUUUUUUGAUCACACUUGACCAAGUUUCAAACUCGGUCGGCAUAGCCAUUGCAAACGGUUUGAUACAGAUUGGGCAAACAUGUGGACUCCAGUGCGUUUAGAUGAUAAGUGAUGACAACAAACAAAUGGCAAAUGUAAUUGCAUGCGCUUGCCAUGAUCACGAUUAUGUUAUAAAUCAGUUUAAAAUGAAAACAAGUUACUAGUAUGAAGGCGCAAUUCCGUUCAUUAAUUUCCGAAAUGCUCAAUUUAUUUAAUUGUGAACACAAUGUGGUCGUGUUUCAUGUUGUUUUGUUCUUUUAUAUCCGGAUUAUUAAUGUAUUAUUUAUCCUCUUGUUCUUGUUUCGUCAGUAUAUUUUUGAUAAGUGGUUCAUAUUCAGUGCUACAGUAAUAGAAAUAUUGCACUGCUACUGUUUACUGUUAAUGCAACUGUCGUCACAAUUUAUUUGUUGGUGCAUAAUAAACAAAUGAAAAACAA